AUGGGGCCACCGCCGGUGCCGAAGGCUUCCCGCAAGAGCCCGGAGCUGCCGCCGGCGAGCCCGGCCUUGAAGAGCCCCAGCCCGGAGGACUUCCCGAGCCCUGUGCCCGAGAGCCCCUCCCCAGGCAAGAAGCACGGCUUCGUGAGGGGCGCUGUGGUGCGGAUCCUCUCCAACGGCGAGUGCCGAGGGAUGACCGGUGGCCUGGGAGACUACGACGAGACCAGCGACAAGUGGGAGGUCUCCGGGGACUUCGGCAAGAAGUGGUUUGAAUCUUCCAGCCUGGCGUUCUUCGUGGCCAAGCGGCCGGGCCAGGUCACCAUGGAGGAUUGA